AAAACCUAAAUCGUGCCAUCAAAAUCACUCUAUACAUAACAAAGACUUCCCAGAAUGGGACUCAGUCGUAUUUCUAAUUGAGUUUAAUUGAAACCUACUAUUUGCCUUCCGAAUUUCUUACAGUAUUCGGAAAAAUAAAUUAUGUGUCAUCGAUAUCUGAGUUCAUGUGCAAUAUCGAUACUUGUUGGAUAUAAAUAGGAAUUCGUGUUGUCUCGUCCGUACGCCAAAUAAUUACUGAGAAAAUUUUAAUACAAUUAACACAUACAAAAUCCAAAUUAAAUGUCUAAACAUGCAAACGCAUAAAAAUACACGGGAAUGACUUGGCAAAGUUAAAAUAUGCAGCAACAACAACAACAGCCAUUUACCUUGAGCAUUAGUGGGUUUUCGUGAUUUUCAGAUGCAACCAGCUUGGUCACACUUCCCACAAAGCGAGACGAGUAAUUUUUCAUCUCUUUGAUCCGCAAUUUCAUUCUUUCGAUCUGCGUUUGCUUUUUAAUCUACGAUUUCGUUAAAGUUUUUCUGUCAUAAAUAAAAAAGAUACAACAAUAACAAAACUAGGAAGAGAAUAGUACCAGUAUAAUAAUAAGUGUUAACCGUGAGUGUUGUGUGCAUGCGUUUACGUGUGUGUGUGUGAAGAAAAGUAGUAAAAAAGAGUGAAAAAAACACCAAACAACAAAUGAUGAAAAUGGAGACUGACAAAAUUAUGGACGAGACUAACUCGAACUCCAAUGCACAAGCAUUCACAACGACAAUGCUAUACGAUCCGGUGCGCAAGAAAGAUUCAUCGCCCACAUAUCAGACAGAGCGGGAACUCUGUUUUCAAUAUUUCACACAGUGGAGCGAAACCGGACAGGUGGAUUUUGUUGAACAGCUGCUAUCUCGCAUGUGUCACUAUCAGCAUGGACAGAUCAAUGCCUAUCUGAAGCCGAUGUUGCAGCGCGACUUUAUCACAUUGCUGCCAAUUAAAGGUCUGGAUCAUAUUGCCGAAAAUAUUUUAUCAUAUUUGGACGCCGAAUCAUUAAAAUCCGCCGAAUUGGUAUGCAAAGAAUGGCUACGAGUCAUCUCUGAGGGCAUGCUGUGGAAGAAGCUGAUCGAGCGUAAGGUGCGCACAGAUUCGCUAUGGCGAGGCUUGGCCGAACGUCGAAAUUGGAUGCAAUAUUUGUUUAAACCACGGCCAGGACAAACGCAACGACCGCAUUCAUUCCAUCGCGAGUUGUUUCCCAAGAUUAUGAAUGACAUUGAUAGCAUAGAAAAUAAUUGGCGAACUGGAAGACAUAUGUUGCGCCGAAUCAAUUGCCGCUCUGAGAACUCGAAGGGUGUAUAUUGCCUGCAAUAUGAUGAUGGCAAAAUUGUGUCUGGCUUGAGAGAUAAUACCAUAAAAAUCUGGGAUCGCACGGGUUUGCAGUGUGUAAAGACUCUAACUGGACAUACGGGUUCCGUGUUGUGCUUGCAGUACGACGAUAAGGUCAUCAUCAGCGGCUCUAGCGAUUCGACAGUUCGUGUUUGGGAUGUCAAUACGGGUGAAAUGGUUAACACUUUGAUCCAUCAUUGUGAGGCGGUGCUACAUUUGCGUUUCAAUAAUGGCAUGAUGGUUACAUGCUCCAAGGAUCGUUCAAUUGCAGUCUGGGAUAUGACAUCGCCCAGCGAAAUAACGCUUCGCCGUGUCCUUGUUGGUCAUCGGGCUGCUGUCAACGUAGUGGAUUUCGAUGAGAAAUAUAUUGUGUCUGCCAGUGGGGAUCGCACCAUUAAAGUCUGGUCCACUUCGAGCUGUGAGUUUGUGCGCACUUUAAAUGGCCAUAAACGUGGCAUUGCGUGUCUUCAAUAUAGAGAUCGUUUGGUUGUCAGCGGCAGCUCCGAUAAUUCCAUAAGACUGUGGGAUAUCGAGUGCGGCGCCUGCCUGCGAGUUCUAGAGGGCCACGAAGAGCUGGUGCGUUGCAUACGUUUCGAUACGAAACGCAUUGUAAGUGGUGCCUAUGAUGGCAAAAUAAAAGUCUGGGAUUUGGUGGCUGCUUUAGAUCCUCGAGCGGCUUCGAAUACAUUAUGCUUAAAUACACUGGUGGAACACACCGGCCGCGUAUUUCGAUUGCAAUUCGAUGAAUUUCAGAUUGUUAGCAGCUCUCAUGAUGAUACUAUUUUAAUUUGGGACUUUCUAAACUUUACCCCCAAUGAGAAUAAGACCGGACGCACUCCAUCACCGGCUCUGAUGGAACAUUAACAUUUUGUGCAAAGGCAGCUUAGAGAGUUACAUCUAGUUUCCUCAACCAGCGAAGAAGAUGAAGAUGGCGACGAGGAUGAAGAUGAAGAGGCGGCGGAUGAGGAGGAGGAGGGCGAGCAACAGGAACAGGAUGACGACGUCGAUGGAAGCGAUCCAGAAUUAGCUAAUGUGGAUUAUGAAGAUGAUGUUGAUCUUGAAAAUCUUGAUGAUUAUAAUGAAUGAGCGAAUAUCAUUAUCAUUAGCCAGCAAAAGGAAAAGAAAAAUAAAACAAAAGCAAACAGAUUUGAGACUCGUCUAUACUAAAAAAAGAGGAAAAAAAGGAAACUAUUAUGAACCCAAGGAUAACAGCGAUCUCUAAGCGUCUACACAUACACACACACCCACACAUUUAAUGAAUUAAUGAAGUUAUUAAAAUCAAUAAAAGAAAAAACCACACAAUCAAUAAUAUUAAAUGAUUAGUUCUGCAACAAACUGGCUGUAAGGUUUGAUAUAUACAUACAUGUAAUCCAUAUGAAACCUAAAAACAGAAAUCUGUAUUAGCGUGUAACUAUUUAGUCUUAGGCAAGGGUCAGUUCUUCAGUCUAUCAAAAUCCGAUCGUUUGUGUGGUGUGUUUAGUUUUUAAGUGUUUAAAUUAGCUCAAAUACAAAAUCAACAAAACGAAAAAAGGGAAAACAAAAAUUGAAAUAUGAGUAACAAGAAUCUACAAUUGGCAAACAGAAUAUAUUAGUCUAUACUAAAUCUAAAUAUUUAAAUAUAUAGUUAGAGUUGCUUCAUUUAGAUUUAUACAAUAAUUAUUGGAAACCAUCACAAAAAUUUCAAUCCCAUAAAAUGAAACAUUUUGUAAUUUAAUUUACAUUGCCUGUUGCCUCAACCAAACUGAAAAUUUAAAACCAACAUAAAAAAAAAAGAAAACUAAAUUCAAAUUUUGUUAUUUGUAAAGUAAAAAAUUUAAUUGCGAUAAUAAAUUUAAUGUAAGUUAUAUUUAAAAUCAAAUUAAAAUGUAUUUUUUGUGUAAAUUAAAAAAGACGUGAAAAUUGUCCCAUUCAUAUAUAAAUCAACAUCGAUCUGUAGUUAAGGAAACUAUCCGGUAAAUUCAUAAAACAAUUUAGAAAAUUAGAUACUCCACGUAUAUGUAAUACCAAUUAUUCUAUUGAUCCUCUACGAAUCUAUGGACAUAUUGUAUGUAGAAAUUAGCCAAUUUCCCAAAUCGUGUUUAAAAAUUUGAAACAAAUAUAUAUAUUUAUAGAGAGAUCGUUCGUGGAUUGUGAUCUUAAUUUUGAUCAUAGUCACCAGCUUCUGCUUCCGCGUUAAAUGUAUUAAUGUAUGUAUAUAAAAGUUUUUAUUAAAGAACAAAAAAAAAAAUGCGAAUGCAAAAACCACAUUACCCCUUAAUAUAUAAGUAAAGAAAACUGUUUAGUGGAAAAGCAGCUUGUUGAAAGCCAAAUGGCAUACGAAUGGGCUUUUAGCUUAGGUGACAUAUAUAUAUUGAAUUAGUUUUAAAAUAAAUUGUAUAAAAAAACUA